AUUUUUUGUGUAAAAGUUAAAAGACUGAAGAGUCAAUGCCUGAGUUACCGAGAGUUGAAGAAAGAAAAAGAGAAUAGAUAAUAAAAAUCUUUUAUCAUUUGAUUCAAGAUCUAGAGACGAGUUUGAUGAUGAUCAGCCGAAACCAAGACCUGGGUUUUUAAUUUGGGGGAGUUUUGGAAAGUGGGUCGGGUUCUGAUUGAGCCAAGAUGGGUGAAAAUGCAGCAGCUAUGCAGACAGCUAUAAACUCAGUUCAGGCUCUGGGGAGGGGCUUUGAUGUGAAUUAUGAUACGAGGUUGUUGUAUUGUAAGGGAGUUUCAGGGUCUAGAGUAGUUCAAGUUGAUGGAGAACAUACUAGGGAUCUUGUUUUGUAUGAUAACGUAGUUGUUUCUAAUGUUUCUUGGGACAUCAAGAACUCACAAGACUCUUUUGGCCGACAGCGCUCUGGCGUUUGCUCUUUUCAGGAGAUGGUGGAGUAUUUUAAUCAAAGGGCUAAUUUAUCUGGAGGUUUCCCUCUUGGUAGUUUCAAUUCUGCAUUUAGCUUCACUGGUUCAAAGCAUAUAGAUGCUGCAGCCACAAAGACAUUAUCUAUGGAUGGUUUUUAUAUUCCACUUACUAAAGUUGAGCUUAAAUCCUCAUUUGUCUUGCAAGAAAAUGUGAGAGGGGCCGUUCCAACAUGUUGGGACCCUGCAUCUUUGGCAAACUUUAUUGAAAAUUUUGGGACUCAUGUGAUAACUUCUGUAACCAUUGGAGGUAAAGAUGUGAUAUAUGUUAAACAGCAUCAUUCAUCACCGUUGUCAACAAUGGAGAUUAAAAACUAUGUUCAGGAUGUUGGAAAUCAGAGGUUUUCUGACAAUCACAGUCAUACAAGUUCAGGUCAAAUGAAAUUGAAGGAUAAGGUGGAUCCUGGAUUAUUCAACAGCCAAGGCAUAUACCCUCAACCUACCAGUGCACCAUAUCUUACAGGGAAAGAAGAUGUUACAGUCAUUUUCCGGAGGAGGGGAGGAGAUGAUUUGGAGCAAAGCCACACCCAAUGGGCAAAAACUGUACAUUCCUCUCCGGAUGUCAUUGAGAUGACUUUCUUCCCUAUCACUGCUCUCCUUGAUGGGGUAGUUGGAAAGGAACAUCUGACUCGCGCUAUUGGUCUUUAUCUCGAAUAUAAACCUCAGAUUGAAGAACUGAGAUAUUUUCUAGAGUUUCAGAUUCCUCGGUUAUGGGCUCCUGUACAUAACAAGAUUCCUGGCCAACAAAGGAAGGAACCUGUUUGCCCAUCUCUGCAAUUCAGCAUAAUAGGGCAAAAGCUUUACGUCAGCCAGGAACAGAUAUCAGUUGGUCGUAAGCCAGUUACAGGUUUGCGAUUAUCGCUUGAAGGAACCAAACAGAAUCGCUUAUGUAUUCAGCUUCAACACUUGGCUUCUCUUCCAAAAAUUUUACUGCCAUACUGGGACAGCCAUGUGGCUAUUGGUGCUCCAAAGUGGCAGGGACCUGAGGAGCAAGAUAGUCGAUGGUUUGAGCCAGUAAAGUGGAAGAAUUUUUCUCAUGUGAGUACCGCACCAAUUGAGCACCCUGAAACCUUUAUUGGUGACCUUUCUGGUGUUUACAUUGUCACCGGAGCACAACUUGGGGUAUGGGAUUUUGGAUCAAAAAACGUUUUGUACAUGAAGCUUUUGUAUUCUCGACUAGGAGGUUGCACCAUUCGAAGAUCUUUGUGGGACCAUUCCCCAAAUGACAAAUCUAAGAAAGUUGCUACUGUAGCCAACUCUGGUGACUCUAGUACAGGUUCAAAGGAGAACAUAACCAGCAACAAGUUGGCGAAGUUAAUUGACAUGUCUGAGAUGAGCAAAGGGCCACAAGAUCCUCCAGGUCAUUGGUUGGUUACUGGUGGAAAGCUUGGCGUAGAGAAAGGCAGAAUAGUUUUGAGAGUAAAAUACUCAUUGCUGAAUUAUUAAGUGUAUUUAUAUGUUUUUGAGUGAUGAUGUGCAGGAAAAAGGAGGGGGAGUUUUGUAGAUGCAUAUGGAUUUGUGUUCAUCAUGCUUGUAAACAAAUACCGAAAUGAUGAACUGAGUUAAUUGAAUGGGUGAGGAGCUGUAUUCGGGUGGCUUUGCACAUGAAGUUUCUUCCAAUUUUGAUGCCAAAUUAUGUUUUCUUGGAAACGCUGUGAAUCUGUAGAAAAUGCCAGUUCUUCACAAAGUGAUCAAGGGAUGUAGAAGUUAGACUUGCAAGUUUGUUUAUGUAUCUAUUAUCUAACUAAUAAUGGGGUUUCCAUUUUUU